CUCGCCCAUAGUCGGAAGUUGAAAAAAAAAUGAAGAUGCUAAAACCGUGCAUUGCAUUAACUGCACUCCUCCUGCUGACGUGGCAAUGCUCAUCCCAAACCCCAUCGCCGACGCCGGCGUCUCAAGAAUAUCUGGCGGCGCACAACCAAGCAAGAAGCGAGGUCGGCGUGGGGCCUCUCAAAUGGAGCGAUGCGCUGGCCAAAUCGGCGAGGCUGCAGAGCUACAAGCAGAACUGCAGCUUCGCCGACCUCAGCAAGAGCCGCUACGGCGCCAACCAGCUCUGGGCCGGCGGCUUAGCCGUGACGCCCAAAGCCGCCGUGGAGGCUUGGGUGGCGGAGAAGAAGUUCUAUAACUACGCCGACAACUCAUGCCCGCCGGAACACCGCUGCGGGGUCUACACGCAGGUCGUGUGGAGGAAGUCCACCGACCUCGGCUGCGCGCAGGCGGCGUGCCCCAAAGAGCAGUCCACUUUGACCAUCUGUUUCUACAAUCCGCCAGGAAACAUCGUCGGCGAGAAACCGUACUAGUUUUUUGUAUUAUUGUCGAGUCAUUUUCGUCAAUUUGUGUGUUCGCAUCGAUUAUUAUAAAUAAAAUUACUACUACUAUUUUGACUGGAUUUCAA